AUGAACCUUCAACCGUUUCGUAUCGUGCAGCCGCUCUCCCGCAUCCUUCAUCGCACCAUGCAUCAGAUGCUGUGUGAGCCCCAGCGAACCUUACCAGUCGCAGUGACCGACGCGCUCAUCACGUACUCUCUCUACGAGCAGGUGCCACACGCGGAGCUGCUGGAGGCCCUUCUGGCUGGUCUGAAGCAGGCACAGCAUGCAGAGGCCGUGCUAACCAGCGACAAUCUUUUUGUGCCCUUGAAAGCGGUGCGGCGCACACUCGCCGGUGUGCAGAAUUUUCCCUUCACCACAGCUGAGCUGAAGGCGUUGAAGCGCGACGUUGAGGUGAGUGUGGUGCGAGAUAUCACGCGACUCUCCACGGACGACCUCUCAUCUGCCGACGUAGGGCUGCUCUGGGGGUGCGCCACGCAGUGCUCCCACUGGGACUGCGUAGAGGAGCUACUCCGGCACUUCCCGCUGUCGAGUACGCUCAGCUUGCAGAGCCCGACGGAGUACCGCGAUUUGGUGAUGGGAGUGUGCACUCCUCAGUUUGUAUCGAAGACUCAUCCGCGCAGUAUUUACGGCGAAGGCGGGGUUGCUGCGGCGCUCGCGGGGAGGGGAGACGCGGCCCCUCCUGUGCGCCACGCUGAAACAUUCAUCCAACGCAUUCUCGGCGCUGAGAAGGUGGGCCAACGAUGCCGCGAGGCGCUUGUGGCAAGCUCGCUGUCGCUCCUCGUGAAUGGCGGCUCGGCAGCAGACCCGACUGCCCUAGAAGAGCGAGACCUUCACGCCAUCACGUGCGUCAUGUUCGCUGCCGCCCUCAACCUGCAGUGUGACGUACCGGGUUGCUCGACCCUCGCCUUUCCCUUCUCCGCGGCUGAGUGGGCGCAGUACGUCGGUAGUACGGACCGAAGUGCAAUCGGCAGCAGCACUACUCAGUGUGUUCUGCCGAGCACGAUUGGAGGACUCUCGCUUCCUGGGUGGUACCGUCGAGUGGUCGCCCUGCAUCAGCGCUCCGUUCCGGACGUUGCGCGUGCCUCCUUCUCGGCUGCUGUGGCGAGCGACUUGCUGCGGCUGUACCAGCGCGUCGAUACAGAGUCGCUGGAGUCCUUCUUCUUCUCAUUCCUGCCGCUGGUGAUCGCUGCGGCGCCGCACAUGGACUGCAGGACUGUCUUGCGUGGCUAUCACAACGACGUUAUGUUGAAACUUUUUGGGGUCACUUCCUCUGCUUCUUCUGCCACCAACAAUGAUGGAAAUCGCGCUGUGGCGAUGGGGCAACGCGGGAGGUGGACAGCCAAGGAGGCCUCGGCUUUGGCAACCCCAGUGCUUGACACUACUGCCACUUCCUGUGCAAUCUCCGCUGAUAUGGCCAUGCGGGUUAUGCUGGCGGAGGUGUGCGUCCAGGAAAGGGGGAAGCCGCUGCCGGAGGCCCACGUGCCCGCAAUGGAGUCCAUGCUGCGCACCGUGGUGGGCCAUCUACGCUAUCACCUGCAUGGUGAACCGCGGUACCACACGAGACCGCGGCGCACCGUCACUGCCGGCGAACUUCCGGCGUCGCUGUGGAGAGCAUGGAAUUCGCAACGCACCUCGCUGCUUGCGACUGUGCUCAGUGAGGUCCAGGAGCGCAUGUCCGGAAGUGCUGGUCAGAGAUCAUCGGCGAGAGCCCUCAUGGACCUUGUGGGGCAGGGCCUUCAGCUGCUCCGUCCACUCAUAUCGAUGGAAGUCAUCGAAGAACGUGGAACUGCGCGAAUGGUGACCCACCUCUUGUCUUCUGGCAGAGAUGCUGCGCUGGAGGUUGGCGGUGCCUCGUACGAGGUGGAGCUGCAGUCCUUUGCGGUGCAGCACACGCAAGAUGGCUUUACGCGUACCGAUGUGGCGACCAUCGUGCAAGCCAUGGAGGAGCACAGGGACCACGGCUCCAAUAACGGUGGUGCUGAGGGGGAUGCGAAGGUGCACCGCAUUUUGGAGGGGCUAAAGGCGGCAGAACAGACGUUACCGCUGCGGUCGUGGUCAUAG